AUCGCAGCUCACUCAUAUAUUCAAUCGAAAAACCCUAAACCCCAACCCCAACCCCAACCCCAACCCCAUUCUCUCGGCUUUCUCAAUUCCAUCCGCAGUGAUGUCGUCGUCGUCGCCGUCAACAGACUCCGUCAAAUUGGUGGCGGAGUACGCCAAGUCCGGUCGGUCCUCGUGCAAGAAAUGCUCGAAAUCCAUCGCUGCCAGCGCGCUGCGGUUUGGUUUCGUUAACAAAGAUCCCCGGGGAUUCGACAUGACCAAAUGGCAUCACCUGAAUUGCGUUCCGUUCGGUGCUUCUGGUUUCGCUUCCUCCGUCGAUGCAAUCACCGGAUUCUCCUCUCUCAAGGGCAGUGAUCAGGAGGCUGUGAAGAAAUUAGUAAUUGAAGGGGCACAGGCUGUUGAGGUCAGUAAAGUUGAUGAGGAUGAUGAUGAACCAGAUCAAGGAAAGUCGAAGAAGCCAAAGUUGCUUACAUCUGAGGAAGGGACAAAGUUCCAGCUGGAAAUAGCCGUAUCAGCUUCUGAUAUCAAAGAGAAGUAUAAGGAUGCUACAUUGUUGCCUAAAUGGAAGGCAUUUCAGACAGUUAUAUUUCUUGAAAGGGAUGAUGGUCUUCAUGAUUCAAGUAAAAUUGCAGCCUUUGAUUUUGAUGGUUGUCUUGCAAAGACCUCUGUGAAAAGAGUAGGUGCAGAUGCAUGGUCUCUCAUGUAUCCUUCAAUACCAGAGAAGCUCCAGAAUCUGUAUAGUGAUGGCUACAAGCUGGUUAUAUUUACCAAUGAAUCUAAUAUUGAGCGUUGGAAGAAUAAGAGACAGGCUGCUGUAGAUUCAAAAAUUGGAAGACUUAAUAGUUUCAUUGAGCUUGUGAAGGUCCCCAUUCAGGUUUUCAUAGCUUGUGGAGUGAGUAGUGGUCAAUCUGAGGAUCCCUUUCGGAAACCAAAACCUGGGAUGUGGAAGAUUAUGGAGAAAGAGUUCAAUUCUAGUCUCCCGAUUGACAUGGAACAGUCCUUUUAUGUUGGUGAUGCGGCUGGAAGAGCAGGAGAUCACAGUGAUGCUGACAAAAAAUUUGCACAGGCUAUCAUGUUUUCAUUCUUACGCUGGCGCGUCAGCUUCAUUAGGGAGUAGAGGACAACUUUUGGGGUGGAAAAUAACUUAAUGAAAGUCUUCUAUGGCUGUUGGUCUAAAAUUUUAUGUUCCUGAAGAUUACUUCGUCACAGAUUAGUAUUUGGGUUUGAAUACGCAACUUUGUUUGGGAUAAAUAGGUUUGGAUAAAUAGGUUUGGGUGUUGCCUGGAGACGGAAGAGGAACAAAGCAGUGAUUGGUGGAGUGGAUGCAUAGUUAUCAGCUUUUGAAGUAAUAUUGAUGCUUGGUCAUUCAAUUGUCUAGUUGUUUAGAUACCCAGCUUUAUUUAAACUGAUUUAGGACUAGUAGAUUAUUACUGUUAUUGUGAAUUAGAUGAAUACAGUGGACCCAUUUUAUUUUAA